UGGCGCCGCUGUCCCAAAGUCGACCAGAGGCCAUUUCUCGUGGCAGUGGCUGGGAGAAUUGCGCAAAAAGCCCCCCCAAGAAGCCCCAAAACCCGUAAAAGAGUGACGUGGUGGACAGAAGGAGCACCGGCAGAAGGUCUUUGGCACGUGUGAACUGUGAUAGAACGUCUCGGGGAGCGGCUAAAGUGGCCAGACGUGUGGUAUGAAUCAAUCGGGACCCGGACGAUCUUCAAAGUCAUUUGAUGGGCAUUAUGACCCCCUGAGGCAGUCUAAUUCCCAUCCGGAUAACAUGAGAGGUGUUCACCACCAGCCAGGACGUAGUGUAGCGCUGUCGGCGGAGGCGAAGGAGUUCAUUCCAAAAAACAAGAUGACAAACGACGUCGGCCACCAUCACCAGGCGCCCGGACACCAUCCGCCGCACAUGGGGCCCAUGUACCACCACGGCCAGAACUACCACCAUCCGCCGCCGCAGAUGCCGUCGGCGGGGCGGCAGUUCCCCGCGCCCAUGAACCACCCCUACAUGCACAUGCAGCAGCACCAGCAGCAGCAUCAGCAGCUGGCCUUCAUGCGCCACCAGCACAUGAACCACUCGCUGGGCAUGUACACGGAGAUGCAGUUGGCGCAGCAGAUGCAGCGCGCCACGGUGCAGGAUCGCAUCAACUCCACGCGCCACGUGAUGCACGUGCCGCGCGCCGUGCAGCACGAGGCGCAGAACAACUUCGAGGGCGGCGGCGGCGGGGCGGCUGAGCAUCCGUCGCACGAGGAGACGGCCGCGCUCGACAUGCUCUCGCACAUCAUCAAGCAGCUCACCGACCAGCCCGGCAUGUACGAGGAGGUGCAGGUGGAGAUCAAGGAGAUGUUCGCUGACUUGAUGGGCAGCCGCUUCGUGAUGAGCAACGCUGUGGAGCUGAUCUUCGACCACAGCAUCAAUGAGUCCAACUUCCGCUACAUGGGAGCGCGCCUGUGCCAGCUGCUCGACAGCCUAAGUCUGCAGCAGAGCAACGUGUUCCGCACGAUGCUGUGCCUGAAGAUGAACCACCACAAGAUGGAGAUGGAGCGCUUCAUGCUCAAUGAGCAGCACGUUGUGCGCGGCACGACGCUCUUCCUCGCUGAGCUCUACAUCCAGAUGCAGAACGACGGGGCGCGCAUCGGCGAGAUCGGCGAGUGCAUCGUGAGCUCUAUGGCGCUCCUGCUCAACAAGCAGGGCCCGGAGAACGUCAAGUGCGUCUGUCAGUCGCUCAAGCUCUGCGGGUACGAGCUCGAGAUCGACUGCGGCGCUCUCCUGGUUGGGAUCCUGAGCUCACUGGCUCAGCUGGAAACGUCUGUGGACGUCUCGACGGGGCGACUCAUUCGUUCCGUGCUGGAUCUCAAGGCGAACCGAUGGGGGCGUUCAGCGCCAAUUGCUGUGGCGCCUAUUCAGGAGGUCAAUCACUACGACUGCAACGAUUCACCCGUCUUUUACGGACCCGAUGGUCAGGUUCUCACGGAGGAGGAGAGUUCCUUCCUCUCCGCUCAGGCCUCAGCGUAUCCCAACAACAACAACUUUGAGGAGUACCUCGACAAUGAUGGCGAUGAAUUGGCCGACGCAGAGCCUGAAAUGGACCUGGAAAUUCAAUUGGCGUUCCGUGAGUUUGUCCAGACGCAGAAGAAGACACCAUCACAUAUAAAAUAGGCGCGCGAGCCAGCAAAACAAGAAUCAAGAAAAAAAAUUGCAUGCUUCUCUAUGUCGGCGAGGUGGUUUUUCAGUAACAAUUAAGCAGAAACCGGACGCAAAGUUGGACAAUUUUGCCGUUUAUAGUGUGUUGCAGAGUGUUUUUGAACAGGCCCAGAGAGAAAGUGAAAAACAGAAUAAAUAUUUUUUUUGGUAAUUAUUUUGAGACAAAUUUUGUAGAUAACCAAGUUGAGAAAGCUUCGUUCUUUUUUUUUAUCUCUAAAAACUACUUAUUUCCACACAUUUUGCAAUACUAUGUUUUUUUUUAUAAGACAAUCUUCUCUUGGAAGUACCAUCCAUCUCAAUACAGAGCCUUUGUGUUGUAUAACAUUUUCGGGGAAAACUAUUAUUCAUGGUAGAGAAAAUGGAGCACAGAUUAUUAUCAUUACUUUCAGCAAUAAAUAUUAAUGGAAUAAAAGAAGAAA